AUGGCAUCACAAUCUCAAGAUGACUAUAGUUGUCCUGUGUGUCAUGAAAUCUUUAAGGAUCCUGUUAUUUUAUCAUGUAGUCACAGCUUCUGUAAAGAGUGUCUUCAACAGUUCUGGAGAACCAAGAAAGCUCAGGAGUGUCCUGUCUGCAGAAGAAGAUCCUCAAAUCAACAUCCUCCUCUUAAUCUUGCAUUAAAAAACUUGUGUGAGUCAUUACUGAAAGAAAGAAAUGAGAGGCGUUCAUCAGGAUCUGAGGAGAUCUGCAGUUUACACAGUGAGAAACUCAAACUCUUCUGUCUGGAGGACAAACAGCCUGUGUGUUUAGUGUGCAGAGAUUCACAACAACAUGAAAAUCACAAAUUCAGACCCAUCGAUGAAGUUGUUCCAUCAUAUAAGGAGGAACUCAGUAAAGCACUGAAGUCUUUACAAGAGAAACUUAAACACAAUGAAAAACUGAAAAGAGAGUUUGAAAAAACAGUUCAACACAUUAAGUCUCAAGCAGAGCACACAGAGCAUCAGAUUAAACAGCAGUUUGAGAAGCUUCAUCAGUUUCUCAGAGAUGAAGAAGAAGCUACAAUCACUGCACUGAGGGAGGAAGAGGAGCAGAAGAAGCAGAUGAUGAAGGAGAAGCUGGAGGAGAUCAACAGACACAUCUCAGCUCUUUCACACACAAUCAAAGACACGGAGGAGAUGAUGAAAGACAAUGACGUCUGCUUUCUAAAGAAGUUUCCAGUCUCGAUGGAAAGAGUCCAGAUCUCAUCACAGCCAGAUCCACAGACGCCUUCGUAUCCACAGAUGCCUUCUGGAGCUUUGAUUCAUGUGCCACGUUACUUGGGCAACCUGCCCUUCAGAGUCUGGAAGAAGAUGCAGGACAUUGUCCAAAAUACUCCUGUGAUUAUGGAUCCAAACACUGCAAAUCCAUUUCUUGUCCUGUCUGAUGAUCUGACCAGUGUGAGACGGAGUGAGAGCAAACAACCGCUUCCAGAUAAUCCAGAGAGAUUUGACGAAUAUUGCUGUGUUUUUGGUUCAGAGGGUUUUAACUCAGGAAAACACUGCUGGGAUGUGGAGGUUAAAGAGAGUUCAGAUUGGAGUCUUGGAGUAACUACUGCAUCAAACAAAAGGAAGGGACGUGAGUUCUUCAAGGCUGAUGUCUGGAGUGUGUUGUAUGGACUGUUUGUAGGGUCUGGUUUUCGUGUUAAACAGAAGCUUGAGCGUGUGAGAGUUGAUCUGGACUAUGACAGAGGAAUUGUGUUAUUCUCUGAUCCUGUAACUAACAGACAUCUACAUACAUUCACAGCCACCUUCACUGACACCGUCUUUCCAUUCUUUGAAUUUUCUUCCUCUCUUAAGAUCUUACCAUUCAAUAGUCAGUACACAUUACACCUGUAG